CCCUGCGGCCCCCCCCCCCAGGCAUGGACGGUCCCAGGGAGGCCGGGGCGUCCCCAGGCCCAGCCCGGGAACCCCCAGAUCCUCCCCCGGCGUCGGGAGAGAUGCUGGCCAAGGCCCGGGAGCUCUUCCAGCUGUGCGACAAGGAGGCCAGGGGCUUCAUCACCAAACUGGACAUGCAGGGGCUGCAGGGCGAACUGUCGCUGAGCCCGGACCAGCUGGAGUCCGUCUUCCACAGCCUGGACCGGGCCGGCCUCGGCUACCUCACCCCCGACGACUUCGGCUUGGGCCUCGGGAAGUUUGUGGGGAUGGAGCUUUCCCAGGGGACCUCGGGGAGCCCCCGGCUGCGGCAGGAGGAGGAGGAGACCUUUGAGUCCGGCUGGUCAGAGGAGCUGGAGCAGGAGGAGGAGGAAGAGGAGGAGGAGGAGGAGGAAGAGAGGAAGGAGAGGAAGCGAUUCUCCGCUACCAUGGAACAGCUUGGGGCCUCCGGGGUGUUGGAAGAGCGGCAGCAAGUCCGGACCCUGUGGGCGCGGCUGCAGAGGGAGAAGCCGGAGCUGCUGGCCCCCUUCGAGGAGGUCCUGCUCUUCGUGUCGGUCCACCUGCGGGAACUGAGCCAGGACAGAGACUCCAUGGAGCAGGCUCUCAGGAGACGGGAGAACGACCACGAGCGGGAGGUGAGGUGUCUCUACGAGGAGAUGGAGCAGCAGAUCCGGGCGGAGCGGGACCGCUGCCAGAACCAGGACGCUUCCCAUCAGGACCGCAGCGCCGCUCUGCAGAGGGUGCUGCACAGCAAGGAGCAGGAGCUGGAGAGCCUAGGUCAGCAGCAGGGGAAGCUGGAGCAGGAGCUGCGGGAGCUGAGCCGGCGGCAGGCGGCGGCCCAGGCGGACAACGCCCGGCUGCGACGCCAGAACCAAGAACUCCGGGCCGAGCUGGAGCGGAACCGGGCCGAACUGGACCAGAGCCGGGCCCAGCUGGACGCCGCCCGGGACCAGCUCCACAACCUGCGGCGGGAGGCCCAGCUGGAGCAGGAGCAGAGGCACAGAGAUGUGUUCGUGGUCUCGAAGAACAUGCAGAAGGAGAGACAGAGCCUGCUACGCCAACUGGAGCUGCUCAGAGAGCUGAACAAGACCCUCAGAGACGAACGAGACGUCUUCGAGGCCAAGAGGCUGCGGAAGAGAGGCCCGGCGGCCCAGCUCCCACGGGCGCCGCCUCCGCCCUGCUGCUGCCCCUGCUCCCGCUGCUGCCGCCGUGGCCGCCGGGACCCCGGCCUCCUCGCCGGCGGCCACUGACCUCCGGGCCCCGUCGUCGUGCCCGGCGGGGAGCGCGUCGCCCCUUCUCACUGCCGCUGCUGGAGGGUCUGGGGGCCCGGAGCGCCGGGGGUCGCCCCUCUGCUCCCUGCCCCUCGACGGUCCACCGGCCCGACCCCCUCCUCCGCUCCCGCACGUGCGCGGGACCCCCACCCCCCGGCACGCGGCGGGCCCCCGCUUGGCAUCCGCCUCUUGGCAUCCCGAAGCAGCGUGGCUCAGUGGAGAGAGCCCGGGCUUCGGGGUCAGAGGUCA